UCCAGUUGCCUCCGCGCUAUAUAAACACUCAUUGGUGCCUCUGGCUUGACGCACACACACUCUUUACGCACGCGUCCAUGUACACGUACGUACACACACACACACACACACACUGAGGGUGACUUGUAUAGGCAGCCAGCGGGAAGAGAGAGAGAGAGAGAGAGAGAGAGAGAGAGAGAGAGAGAGAGAGCAGCGCUCUGAGGAACAGAAAGGUACACAGAGAAGAGAGUGGACGACAGAAAGUGAGAGAAGGAGAAGGAGGACGGUGGCUCCUGAGCAUCUCUGCGCACCUUUUCAGUCCUGCACGCUCACGGAUCUUUAAAGUCUACACUUUGUCUUCGUUUGCUCCAGAGGGACAUUUAAACUUUUAGAAAGAGGCUUCUUCUUAUUUAUUUUAUUCUUUUUUAACGCUUUUUGAUGGGAAGUUGAGAGGAGAGAGAGACGCGAUUCCUGGAAGAGUUUUCCUUCAUUUUUCCCUCCAAACCAAGUCUUUCCAUCUCUCGAGAAGUUUGAAGAAGUGAAGCCCCUGUUAGCUCCCGGGCUCGGCUUCACUUUUUCCACGUGUCCCAGCUUUUGACAUAAACGUGUCACCUUGAGAUUUUUUGCUUCCCUUCAAGUUUCAGACUUUAAAAAGAAAAAAAAUACCCACAAACGUGACCAAAAAUGAGAUUUCAAACACCAGGACAGUCCCCAGUCUUGUCUGAUUGUUGUCCCGAGUGCUCACAUCAUUAACACAAAGUGACUUUUGAUGGUUUUGCUUUUUCACAUCACGAGCUGAGGUGUGACGCUGAAGACACGCGGAGCCGGGCAGCGCAGCUCACCUGUAGCAUCUCCUCCGCUUUGGUUUGCACUUUGCUUUACUGUGUGACUGUUUGAAGACAGAGAUUCAUUCAAAGUGAAAGAAACCACCGCACUCCACAGCCCUUCAUUCAUUCUGCAAACACGAGCCGCUCGCUGUCACUCACAGGGCGCGUCGGAGUGCGUGACGGGGCGUUCAUGUGAGAAACUUUGACUCUGACAUCCUCCACAUCUGAGCAUUUUUUGUCACGAAUAGCAAGUUUAGAGAAAGUUCUCGUCCUCGUUUUUGAACGUCGUCCAGAGCUCCAGAGAGACCGCCGGGCUCUCCAUCAUCAUGCUGUUCGACAGUUUCGACCUCGUCUCGGCUCUGGCCACUCUGGCCGCCUGCCUGGUGUCCAUGGCCCUGCUCCUCGCCGUCUCCCAGCAGCUGUGGCAGCUCAGAUGGACGGCCACGCGGGAUAAAAACUGCAAGCUCCCCAUGCCCAAAGGAUCCAUGGGCUUCCCCUUCAUCGGCGAAACCUGCCACUGGCUCCUGCAGGGUUCGGGCUUCCACGCAUCACGGAGGCAGAAGUACGGCAACGUCUUCAAGACACACCUGCUGGGCCGCCCUGUGAUCCGGGUGACGGGCGCCGAGAACGUGCGCAAGGUGCUGAUGGGCGAGCACACGCUGGUGACGGUGGACUGGCCUCAGAGCACCGCCACGCUGCUGGGACCCAACUCGCUGGCCAACAGCAUCGGAGACAUCCACCGCAAGAGGAGGAAGGUGUUUGCCAAAGUGUUCAGCCAUGAGGCCCUGGAGUCCUACCUCCCGAAAAUCCAGCAGGUCAUCCAGGAGAGCCUACGGGUAUGGAGCUCCAACCCUGAGCCCAUCAACGUCUACAGGGAGAGCCAGCGGCUGUCGUUCACGAUGGCAGUGAGGGUGCUGCUCGGAUUCAGGGUGUCAGAGGAGGAGAUGAGGCAUCUGUUCUCGACCUUCCAAGACUUCGUUGACAACCUAUUCAGCCUGCCCAUAGACCUGCCGUUCAGCGGCUACAGGAAGGGCAUCCGUGCACGAGACUCCCUGCAGGAAAGCAUAGAGAAGGCCAUCAGGGAGAAGCCGUUGUGUUCACAGGGGAAGGAUUACAGCGACGCGCUGGACGUCCUGAUGGAGAGCGCCAAAGAGAACGGCACCGAGCUCACCAUGCAGGAACUGAAGGAGUCAACCAUUGAGCUGAUCUUUGCCGCCUUCGCUACCACGGCCAGCGCCAGCACCUCACUCAUCAUGCAGCUCCUCCGCCACCCUCCCGUCCUGGAGCGCCUGAGGGAGGAGCUGAGAGCCAGGGGUCUCCUCCACAAUGGCUGCCUGUGCCCCGAGGGAGAACUCAGGCUGGACACCAUUGUGAGCCUCAAGUACCUGGACUGUGUCAUCAAAGAGGUGCUGAGACUCUUUACGCCCGUGUCAGGGGCUUACCGAACUGCCAUGCAGACCUUCGAACUUGAUGGAGUCCAGAUUCCAAAGGGUUGGAGCGUGAUGUACAGCAUUCGGGACACCCACGACACUUCAGCCGUCUUCAAGGAUGUGGAUGCCUUCGAUCCUGACCGCUUCAGUCAGGAGAGGGGGGAAGACAAAGAAGGACGCUUCCACUACCUGCCCUUCGGCGGGGGUGUCCGGUCCUGCCUGGGCAAGCAGCUUGCCACCCUCUUCCUUCGCAUCCUGGCGAUCGAGUUGGCCAGCACCAGCCGUUUCGAGCUGGCCACUCGACAGUUCCCCCGUGUGAUCACGGUACCCGUGGUCCACCCGGUUGAUGGGCUGAAGGUCAAGUUCUAUGGCUUGGACUCCAACCAAAACGAAAUCAUGGCCAAGUCGGAAGAGCUGCUGGGAGCGACUGUUUGAAGGGCAGAGAGUUGAUGAGGGGGAGCAGGGGGGUGAGUGAUCGAAGAGGUCUUUGGGUAGAAGAUUGAUGGAAGGAAAGAAAGAAUUUAAGAGUUAUUUUUUCUUCUCCACCUUUGCUCUGCCGAGCUGGAGGUCCUUUCAGACUAAAAGAAAUGCAGAAGUCUUUGUCUUUUGUUACAGCUGAUGAUGAUCGGGACUUUCCUCUGGGAAAGGAAGAAGCUGCCAAAAAGUUCUUAAUUAUGCUCUAUUCUGUGUAUUUUUUUAAAGAAAUAUACAAACAAAUGUAUGUACAAAAAAGCUAUGUAAUAUAAUUAGAAAGAGAAUGUGGUUGGUGCACAAUUGGAGAAAGAGAAGUAUGGUGGUACUUUUGGGGAAAUGAAGUGUUGAAAUUAGAAGCGUAAAAGUAAAGAUGGUUGAGGGAGGUAGGCGAGUGGAUGAAACAGGGUAUAGGAUGAACGAAUAUGAUAUUUUGGCAUUUUGCUUGUGCUUAAUCAAAUGCAGUGAACCAUUUCAUUUGUCUAGCAGGGUAAAAGAGACUGAUAUAUAGACUAAAAAAAAGAUCUACAUUUUAUGGUCAGCUUUGGUCCAUUUUGAGCCAGAAUUCAUGGUGCCACCCAGAUUCAACUCAAAAGAUUGGAAAGAUUGACAGAAAUAAGUAGUGGCUUCGUGUUUGACAUCAAAAUUCAAGUUGUUUACUAGCUUACAGAUGCAGUCAAAAGGAUCAUAGCACAUUUGGCGGCAGGUUGUGGCUCAGAUACUCUAUGUUACCAAACUUGUCAGACUGGUGUUGCAGCACUUCUUCAAGCCAACUGUAUCAUGAUGCAGUAUAUACUUUGACUGGCUUCAAUUCAUACUGCUAAUUCAAAUCACAUAUACUGGCUGUAUAUUUUAACAAGUCAUAAUAUUUUGAAUUGAUGCAAAUGGGCAAUUUGCUAGGUUUCUUAUGGACCCCUUUCUCCCUGUCUCUACACGCCGUGAUCCUCCUUGAUUUUUAGCACAGCAGUUCCCAUACUGUUUCUAUUCACGGAUCUACAUUAGAGCAGCCUUCACGUGGCCAGAAGUAUUAAAAAAAGAAAACAACUGAAAGGAUAUAAAGGGCAAGAGCGGCUUUUAGUAAUCUUGAUGCUUGCGCAUAAAAGGAGUGCAAUUAAAAAUUACACUAUAGAAGAAUCAGGUUCCGAAACACAAACCCUAAAAAGGAUCUGUAGGCUGUGUUAUCUUACUGUGUCUUACUGUCUUUAUCUCUAGUGGAAACCCUGCAUCAGCCUCUUCUUCUGCUACCCACAGGUUGCCCACUUGCAUAGACUCAAAAUGUUGCCCACACGCAGUAUAUAUAGCGUAUCCCAGUAAUCUUGGCGGUGUGAACUCAGGUGCAGAGUAGAUAUUGUGGUGAAUAAUGAUUAAGUGUUUUGCUUUUUGUCAUUUAACUCUGACUGACUGCACAUAAAUAAUGUCACUUACUCACUGUUGUAGAGCUGGACCAGUUACUCUUUGCUUUGCUUUCUGCCCACAUAAACAAAAUGAUAUCGGCGGGGGUUUUCAAUGGCGCUUGCUCUCGCUCGACGUAUUACCUUCUGCAACCAUUUUGUGAGCCCCCCCCAAGGAUGCAAUUCUUGGUGGUGCAAGCAGAAUCAAACAGCAGGAAUCCCCUACUGGCAUCAAACAAGAUAAAAGUUACUGAAUCAAGGUCAAACAGUAAUAUGGUCCAGGUCUGCUUUUUAAACUCUCUCAACCUGUGCUUUGAUACAUAAACUACGCUUUCAAGUUGCAUUGAAAUCGCACUCUAUCCGACGGUGACUUUAUCCCGCACGAGGAUAUGAUUAAGAACUCCCUGAUGUGGAGGACAAGAAAAGAGAGGGGGAUAACGAGGAUGAGAGGAAGACCUACGUACAUGCUGCUUGAGUGCUGCUUUGUCAUUUUGUGUUUGUUUAUUUGUAUUCUGUUUUUAUUUUCCCGUCUCCUUGGGGCAGCCAUUUUGAGUUCUGCGGAGAAGGUGACGUUCUGUCUUGCUGCUCCUCCAACCAACGCUAAGAAUGCAAAACAAAUUCCACGGUGUAAGCAACUUUAUUAGCUAAAAGAGAUUUAUUGUAUGAGGUGAUUGCACAAUCAGAACUCUCAAAGCUUUGUGUGUUCCAUAAGUCCGAGUAGAGGAAGAGGGUUUUUUUUCCUUAUUUCCCCUGCAUGGAAAGUUUCUGCAAAAGAACUCUGGGACUCGUCAGCAGAACUCUUGAAUCCUUGAACGGCGUUCCAAACCGAAGCUUGAGAGAGACGGACCAAUGAGAUUUCAGGGGAGGGCAGGGUCACACUCAGAGGGCUUCUCUUACUGGACGAUCCUGUUGUCCAAUAGCAUUCCAGAUGAAUUCUGCCAGUGCUAGACAUUGUUCACUCUUUCUAACAACCACACCACUGAUUUCUUCCUUUAUAUAUAUAUUAAUAUAAAACUAGAAUUUUUUUGCUGCUUUUCUUGUGUACAUUUUCUAAUUGAGAGUUCUAGAUUGCAACAGUUUGUAUCGGGUGAGAUUUGCUAUUUCUUUACCUUUUAGCUGAUUAAAAUAUUUGCAUUUUGUGAAAGCAAAAAGAGCAUUAAUAGGUUAUAGUGUAUAUUAAUUUGUACAAUAUUCCUUUCUUUAGCAAGCCAUGGGGAAAAAUCAGCUAUUUACAUCUACUAAUAACCUAAUAUUAUUGUUAUUGUACGAUUAAUAUUGUUGUUAUAAGAUAUUUGAAAUGCUAUUUUUUAUUCUAUUACAGAUUUAGAGUUUUUAGCCUAAAUGAGAAGGUCUUUGGUAAAUAUUGGAUGUAUUUAGAAUGUUAUGUAUUUCAGUUAUAUUGUAAACAGUGAUUAAAAUGUUAAUAUUGUUGAUUUGAUUACUGUAAUAAUUAUUAUUUGUUUUGUUAUUCAGACUUAUUAUCACUGCAUUUUAUUUGAUAUUAAUUAUGGAAAACAGAAAGCACUUGCGAGGUAUGUCUAUUUUUUAAGUGCCAUGCGACUACACUUUCCCUCCCUCUGAACCUGUCUGUCUUAUGUCAAUCUGUACAUAAUAUUUGUAUUUCUUUUUACAGGAAAAAACAAUGUUCAUUUAGUUUAAAUAUGAAUGUCUUGUUCUACUUUCUUCCAUUCCUUUUUUGUUACCGUGACUGUUAAAUGUACUCCUGUAAUAAACGAUAAAGU